UUGGCUUUGUUUUGCUUUGGGUUUUCGUGCAAUCUACCAGAAUCAGGAUCAAAAUCGCGAAACCAAAACAGUGUUCAGUUUGUGUCCGAAAAUAAAUAAAAAUUCAAACGCUUUUUCGACGUUCUAACCGCAAGUGAAAGUAAAAUGGAUCAGCCAAAGUUGCUCCAGCGGAUGGUCCAGCAGAACAGAUGUCUGACCUGUUUUGAUCGCACCGGAACGGACGCCCGGCAUACCGGAGAUUCGGAAGUGUUCCAAAUCGUUAGGAAGCAUCUCUGGUUCACGGAGACAGAUUUGGCGGGAAGUGCUUCAAUUUGUGGCGGCUGCUGGGAGAGUAUCGAUGGCUUUCACCAAUUCUACGUGGGCGCGGAACAGCUGUACGAGAGAAACGAAGUUCCCUUCGGGAUGGAGGGGAAGCACUCUAUCAAGCAGGAAACGGGAUCGGAAGUGUACCUGGUGGAAAUGGCACAGGAUGUCGAAGAACCAGAGAUUAAAGAGGAACAGGUCAGCGACCUGGAGGAGAACGAUGCUUUGAAGGAGGAGCAACGCGGUCCAAAAGAGGAUCAGGAAGUUACGAGGGAAGAUUCGGAGCACGAGAGUGACGACGAGGAAGAUGAUGACGAUGACGUUGCGGACAAAGAUGAGGAAGGUGAGAAUCCGGAUAGCCUCAUAAAGCAGCACGUUGUGCUGAACUGUGAUCAGUGCGAGGCAUCGGAUUUUACCUUCAAAGGAUUGAUGACGCACUUGCAGAGAGCCCACAGUGUCAUCAAAUGCUUCACGACCUGCUGCGGCGGAAGGUACCAUACUAGGAUACGAUUGCUGGAACACGUUCGGUACGUGUUUGAUCCGACAUCGUUCAAAUGCGAACAUUGCGAACUUGCGCAAUAUUUUAUCAAUGGUCCGGCGUUGAAGCGCCACUUGAAGCUGAAGCAUGGAGUUCAGGUAUCCACACGCUCGUACAACUUGACCAAUCGCCUGAACAAAGAUAAAACCCCCGCUGAAAAAUCCGAGGAGCAGUUGAGGAGGAUGGAAGAACAGGAAAAGCGUCGCAGCGAGAGAGCCGCUGAGGACAAAAUGAUGCGGGACCACGUGACCUUCGGGUGUAUUCCUUGCGGAACAACCUUCGACACGUACACGGAACUGUUCCGGCACAGCCGCGUGGAACACAAGCAGAAACCGGUGGUCACAUGCUGCGGCAAUCGGUAUCAUAAUCGACCCCGACUGCUACAACACAUCCAAUCGGUGGUGAAUCCGGUGGCGUUCCGCUGUGAUCUGUGCUUCCGGUGCUUCAAGAGCAACUACGCCAGAAAUUUGCACUGCGCCGAGAUGCACCCCACGGAAGACGCGGUAAAGUUCCGGUGCAACCGGUGUCCGAAGGUGUUCGUCCGGGAGAUCAAGUAUCGGAAGCACAUGCAGGACCACGAGGACUGCGAUAGGGACGAGAUCAAGUGCGAGUACUGCGGGAAACUUUACAAAAGCCGUCACAUAUUGUAUAUGCACGUGCGCAACAAACAUGCGGAGCCCCGCUUCGUGUGCGACAUCUGUGCCAAAGCGUUUGUCAUGCGGUCGGAGUUCAUCAAGCACAAACAGGAGCAUGAAAAUCCGGACCAGCUGAAAAUGCAGUGCCAGCACUGUUUGAAAUGGUUCAAAAACCGCCAGUACUGGCGCCAGCACAUCCGUCUGCACGUGGUCGGCGAGGUGAAGUGCGAAAUCUGCGGCCGAAUGACGCCGAACCGUGUGGCCUACCGGUCUCACAAGAAGAACGCCCACGGAGACCGGAACCACAAGUGCGAAUGGUGCGGCAAGAGCUUCACUAAGGCCCUAACCCUGCGGGAGCACGUGGCUUCGCGGCAUACCGGGGCCACACUCUAUUCGUGUAGUUUCUGUCCGAAAACGUUCAACUCGAAUGCGAACAUGCACUCGCACCAGAAGAAGAUGCACCCGGUCGAGUGGCUGGCGGCGAAAACGAGCAAGGAGACCAGCAAGGCGAAGGCGCGGGAACCAGGGUCGGGGGAGGUGGAAUCCGAGGACGAUUCGAUCGAUACUUAAAGGUAUAUGGGGGAAGAGCACCGUUAUGUGAUAUAGCUGCUUGGUAAGGUAGGAAUGUAAUACAUGUAAUUGGAAGCAAA